CAGGGCUUACAGGCACCCUCCAUCUUUGCAAAGGGUAGUCCUUUUGCUUCAGUUACGUUGGUCUCAAGGCGUUGGAUCAGCCAUGUUAGCGAGGGGCAGCUUUGCUUCGAACGUAUUGGAAUAGCAGAACGGCAGCUCUCUUUUCUAAGGGCAAAGGGGCAUGAUAAGAGAGCUGCCCUCAUGUGAUCGCACUCUAGUUCUGUAAACAUAUUUCCCUUUGCGAAGGGAAGAAGGGCUGCACUUUUUUCAUUUCUUUGUCGCUUCUGCCGUCGUGUUCAGAGUAAGAGUUUCCCUUCUUCUGGAGUCGAAGGCAGCCACCUGUGUCACUGGCUUGCUAAAUACUCAGGGCGGCUUCACACAUUCCCAUCCAGUUGGCCACUCGGCGCGCGCAGGGUGAGUGAGUGAGACAACUUCAUGAAUAAGGAAGACGUCACCGAUCGCCUACAAAAACCUUGAGUGCGGAGGGCUCCUCUGUAGCGUCACGGAGCAUCCCCCGACUCUCCUGUUUCUACCCCAGGUGUCUCUUUCUCAGCUAAGGAAGGAUUCCACAACAUGAAGCCUGUUAUUGUGGUUCAUGGUGGAGCUGGUCGCAUCUUUAAAGAGCGGGAAGAAGGAAGUCGUUCUGGUGUAACCAGAGCAGCACUGAAAGGUUACAGUAUCCUUAAACAAGGAGGGAGUGCAUUAGAUGCAGUUGAAGAAGCUGUGGCAGUAAUGGAAGAAGAUCCACAUUUUAAUGCAGGUUGUGGUUCUGUUUUAAAUGAGAAGGGUGAAGUGGAAAUGGAUGCCAUUAUCAUGGAUGGAAAAAAUCUAGCCUCGGGAGCAGUAUCUGCAGUGAAAUGUAUAGCUCACCCAAUAAAGCUUGCUCGUCUCAUCAUGGAAAAGACUGAUCACAUGUUGCUGACUGACCAAGGGGCUCUUGCCUUUGCUAGGGCCAUGGGGGUUACUGAGGUUCCUGGAGAGAAACUAAUCACAGAAAGGUCUCUGGAAAGGUGGAAGAAAAACCUUGAGGCUGACUCUAACCCUCAAGAGUUUCAGAAAGACCUUGGAACAGUUGGAGCCGUUGCUAUCGACAGUGCAGGAAAUGUAGCUUGUGCAACUUCAACAGGGGGACUCACUAACAAACGAGUUGGCCGUGUUGGUGAUACAGCCUGCAUAGGAAGUGGAGGUUAUGCAGAUAACAAUGUUGGUGCCACCUCUACCACAGGCCAUGGGGAGAGCAUUAUGAAAGUGGUUCUAGCAAGACUUAUCCUUUAUCACAUGGAACAAGGGAAGUCACCAGAAGAUGCUGCUGAUAUUGCCCUAAACUGUAUGAAAACAAGAGUUGGGGGAUUGGGUGGGGUAAUCGUGAUCAGUAGUUCAGGAGACUGGGCUGCAAGGUUCUCCACGAAGCAGAUGUCCUGGGCUACAGUAAAGGAUGACCAGUUACAGUGUGGCAUUUAUGCUGGGGAGUGUCAUACGCAGUCUGCUGAAGAAGCCCUUAGCUCUAUGGGCUCCUAAGGAUGUGGAAACGAAGAGGAAAUUGUACAGCAGGAUGAAGAUCGUCAACUCUGAUCGGAACCAAAUCUGUUUUCCAGUUUCUGAAAGGCCAACCCCUGUAUCUGAAGCAGAAUUGGAUAUUCAUACUACUGCUCACAUUUUGCAGCCAAACUUGACACAUAGAAGGAAACAUAAUGGACUCUGGGAAGGAAUAUUCAUAUACAUGUGAUUAAAAACUUGAGGUUUGGUUUCUUGGUUGCACAGAUGGAGUGCAGAAAGUGGCUGUGCACACCUUCAUGAGGCAUGCUUCAGAAUGAGACGUGCUCAUUUCUCCAGGGUCAGUAUGUUGAAGGCAAUUUCUCUCCUAAUGUGAGGGUGAUGGGAAACCAGUGUUCAUAGUAGACCAAACUUAGUCUUAUGUUCAAGACAGACUUGUGCCAUGCUUGUGUUCCUAUGGGUAUGUGUUCAGAUACCCAUCUAUACUCUGACUGAAAUCUCCCCAUGAUUGUUACAUGUUUUAACUUUCAUCUUUCUUUCUUUCAUCUUAACUUUCUGUUGUAAACCGCCCAGAGACGUAAGUUUUGGGCGGUAUAAAAAUGUUUUAAUAAAAAUAAAAUAAAUCUUACAGAAUAAAAUGGAGCUCCCCUAGAAACUGCCA